AGCAAUCUGUGGACAUGGAGGGACAAGUGGGACUGGGUGCGGGCCACAUGUUAUCUUAUGGUGAGAUUGAUAUCAAAUUCGUUGCCAUCCUAUACUUAGUUGCGCGAGGAAGAGCAGCCCUCCUCACCCUUAUCAUUGGGUUGAUGAAUGGCACUUUGGCGAGUGCGGUUGCUCAGACUUGCUUUGAGGUUGUCGGAAAGAAGGAGUCUAUCAAGUUGUCAGCGGCAAUCACCGUCUCUCUCUUCAAGUCUCAGAAAUUACAAAAGCUAACCCAGGGGUACGUCGAGCAAUCAUUUAAUCAGGCUCUUACUGUUCCUUACAACUGGCUAGCAUUCAUCCAGCUCAUUAUGGUUGCUGCCACAUUCAAGAAUGACAGCGAGGU